ACAGAGAUCAGUCCUAACCUGUCCAUCAGGAAUAACGGUCCCUCAUUAGAGCAGAGUCCUCCUCAGCACGCCAAACAUCUCUCUCUCUCUCUCUCUCUCUCUCUCUCUCUCUCUCUCUCUCUCUCUCUCUCUCUCUCUCUCUUUCUCUGUGGCGUUUUCCUCCCCUCUAAUCGGCUAUUUGGGGAAUAUUCAUAUAGAAUCGGGUAGGUGAGCUUGUUUCGUGUGUAUUUCAUUCCUUGUGGAUGCUUUUUAUACAACCGAAUAUGAGAUUGCAAUCAACUUGGCUGCAGCCGUUUACCGGGCGCAGAUCUUGGAUGAAGGAGCGGAGCCCAUGCGGACUGCCAUCUGACCCACUCUUAUCAAUGAAGCAGGAGAUCAUGGCGGAGGGUCCCCGGUGUAAGAGGAGAAAACAGGCCAACCCGAGAAGAAAGAACGUGCUGAGUUAUGAAAACGUGGUGGAUGCCGGUUCAGGGUCCGAUGAGGAGGACAGACUGCUGGGUUCUGAGGGCGAAGGCAGUCCAGCAGGAGUGCCAAGUCUGGAGGCCUCACCCCGGGUAGCACAUGCUCUGCUCUCCUGCCGGGGCGAUGAAGAAAAUGAAAGCCAGGAUGGGGCAGGAGCCCACGUUUGGCGCCACACAGAUCUCAAUGGCUCAGAGGAGAGAAAAGCUGAGUACAACUCCUUGAGUCCUGACAUCUCUCUCCAUGGAAUUGGAAACGGUACAGUUAAGGGUAUUGAUGCCACUUUAGAGCUGGAAAGCUUCUUUGGCAAUAGAAAACUGGACGAUGGUGAGGGACAUGGGCAGAGCAUUGCAGAGUACCUGCAGGACACUGUUAUAAUUUACCCAGAGGACCCAGAGGAGGGCACGAGACUGGGCACCCCAGAGACCAAUGGACAAGAUGAAAAUGAAAAUGACCUGGCACUAAGGACGCCAGAUGCCUUUGCCCAACUGUUGACCUGCCCCUACUGUGACCGGGGCUACAAGCGGCUGACCUCCCUAAAGGAGCACAUCAAGUACCGACAUGAGAAAAAUGAUGAGAGCUUCCCCUGUCCCCUGUGCAGUGACACCUUUGCCUACCGCACCCAGCUUGAGCGCCAUAUGGCCACACACAAGCCCACCAGAGAACAGCCACAACUGCUAAACGAAGGGGCAGAUAACCGCAAGUUCAAAUGCACAGAGUGUGGAAAAGCCUUCAAAUACAAACAUCAUUUGAAAGAGCACCUCCGCAUACACAGCGGUGAGAAGCCAUAUGAGUGCUCCAACUGUAAGAAGCGCUUCUCCCACUCUGGCUCCUACAGCUCCCACAUAAGUAGCAAGAAGUGCAUUGGCCUCAUCUCUAUUAAUGGACGGGUACGCCAUGGAGUCAACACAAAGCCAGGCUCAUCACCAAACUCUGCCGCAUCCUCCCCUGGCAGUCCUGCCUUAGCUCAGCUCCGUCACAAACUGGAGAACGGCAGGUCCAUGAGUCUCCAAGACCCAUCUGCCCACUCGGACAUCAAGUCUGAGCCCAUGGACUUCAAUGAAUACCGUCUCUUGAUUGCAUCUCAGCAAGAAUAUGGAGGGUCAGGAGCCUUUAUAAAUGGCGGUGGCCGUGGAGGGAGCCCUCCAGGUAUGCACAGUUCGUCUCAGAACCCCCUGCAACACCUGGGUAUUGGGUUCAAUUCUCAUCAAUUUGGAUAUCCAGGGUUCAGCAACAACAUGAGUGAGGUUCAGAAAGUUCUUCAGAUCGUGGACAACACAGUUUUCCGACAGAAAAUGGAUGGCAACCCAGAAGAGAUCUCUAAGCUCAGAGCAUACAUGAAAGAAUUAGGCACCCAGAUGGAGGAGCAGAAGCUGGCGUUGGCCUCCCAGCAAGGCUUCCUUGGUGCUGGUCACAACAGUCCAACCAAGACCAUCAUUGACUACACACUUGAAAAGGUCAAUGAAGCCAAAGCAUGUCUCCAGAGUUUAACGGAAGAUUCUAAGAGGCGGGCUGUGGAGAUCAAGAAAGAAAGACCCAGCCAUAGCAUGGAUCUUGGAUCUGAAGACAAAGUACAGGUGAGGGAUGCACAAUAUGUGCCGUACUCAUGUCAGUAUUGCAAGGAGACGUUUUCUGGCCCUAUUCCAUUGCAUCAACAUGAGCGUUAUCUUUGCAAGAUGAACGAGGAGAUCAAGGCUGUCCUCAAACCUAACGAAACUGUACCACCAAGCCGCAGGGGGCUUUUCAGCACAGAGCAUCAGGCCUCAUCCAUUUCUGAGAGGAAUGCCACCAGCCCGGUCAACCCCUACAAGGAUCACAUGUCAGUACUGAAAGCUUACUUUGCCAUGAACACUGAGCCAAACUCUGAGGAACUGAGGAAGAUCUCCAUGGCAGUGGGUCUUCCUCAGCAGUUUGUGAAGGAUUGGUUUGUGCAAUGGAAAGCUCAAUCUCCUCAUAGCUUGUCUAGGAAAAGAUCUCCUGAGCGAAACUGUGCAGAGAUCAACCAUGGAUUGGUCCGAGAGUCAGCUCUUAACCGGUCACCAGUUUCCCUGGGCCAAUAUGGCGACUCAACAGCAGAGAUUCUAGCCAUCAUCAAUGAUGAUUCAGGACACAGGCUGUCCAAACCGCAUCAGUUUACAGGCAUCAAGCAGACCAAUGAAAAGCCACUUGACUCUGUGGACCACUUGAGAGGUGAAACACCCUCACCUUUGAAUCUUUCAUCGUCAUCAUCCAAACACUCUCAUAGCAGUUCAUACACCCCUAACAGCCUCACCUCAGAGGAUGCCCAUGGGGAACCACUGGACUUGUCUUUACCAAAACAAGUUUCCAAGGCAGAACGGAGGCCCAAACCGAAUGGUUUUUCUCUUGACCACAAUAGUGACUCCUCUGCACAUGAACAGGGAACAGAACCUUUAAACUUGGCCCACAUCAAGAAGGAGUUCAAUGGGUCCAAUGAAAAUCAUCUGGAGAAAAGCUCAAGCCCCAUCUUUAGCAUAAACCCCUUCGGUGGCGGCCAUAUUUACACCUCGCUUCCCCCUCAUGGAGCAUUCCCUCCACCUACGUUCAUGUCACCGGCUCAGGCCAGCAUCCCAGGACUCAGACCUUACCCAGGGUUGGAUCCCAUGAGCUUCCUACCACAUAUGGCUUAUACUUAUGCAGCGGGGGCAGCCACCUUUGCUGAGAUGCAGCAACGUCGGAAAUACCAGCGGAAACCAGGCUUACAGGGGGAGCUACUGGACAGCGCAGGGGACUAUCUGUCAGGGCUUGAGGACCUGACAGACAGCGAGUCGCUUCUCGCCCGGAAGAAGAUUAAGAAGACUGAAAGUGGUAUGUACGUGUGUGACUUGUGCGACAAAACAUUCCAGAAGACCAGUUCCCUCCUAAGACACAAAUAUGAGCACACAGGAAAGCGGCCUCACCAGUGUCAGAUUUGUAAAAAGGCCUUCAAACACAAGCACCACCUCAUCGAGCACUCACGCCUACACUCGGGUGAGAAACCCUACCAGUGUGACAAAUGUGGCAAGCGCUUCUCCCACUCCGGCUCUUACUCGCAGCACAUGAACCACAGAUAUUCCUACUGCAAACGGGAGGCGGAAGAGCGCGAGGCUGCCAAACAAGAUAGUCAUGACAACAGCAGACCCCUGGAGCCCACAGAGCUCCUAAUGCGUCGGGCUUACCUUCAAGGACUCGGGCCCCUGGGGUUUUCAGAUCCAGAGGACCAGGCCGAGGACAUCACACAGGGAAACACCAUCUUGAGAGAUGGAACUGAGGACAGGGCCAGAGAGGUAGAGGAGGUAUAUCCGAAAGUGACUGACAGGCAAGAGACAGGGUUGGAAGAGGAGAUGGAGACAGAGAAGCAGAGAUUUGACACUCAGAGCCCUGAUGGGACAACAAAAGAAGAGAAAGAGUGUGAAGUAACGGAAGGGACAGAGGACGAGAGCUCAGAAGAGGGGAAAUUGGCGAGCAAAAUAAAUCCUUACGGCGAGAAUGAGGAUGCUGAUUAACUACUGCAUUUCGGAUUACGCUUACUGCAUUCUUUGUUUUCGUUUUCCCUCAAGCUUGUAUUGCGCCCUUCUUCCACCUCUUUGGAGGGACUUUGAGCCAGAUUCACAUUUGUACCACACUGCCACGUCUUGGUUAUCUGAGCGUGUGCCUGAGGCUUGCGCUCGUCAAUAUAAAGAGUGGAAGUCCCAUAAACAAGCAUCAUAAACUAGGUCGGAUCAUGAAGAAAUCCAUAUUAUGCAAAACUAAAUGUGUUAACGAUUGUCAGGAUAAAAAAAAAAAAAAAAAAAAAAAAGAGAGAGGUUUUUAAAAUGUACAGAGUUUUCAGCCAGAAAGCUGUGCGGUGCUGAUUUCCAUAUAACUCUUGUAUUUCAUUGUGGUUGUAGCACAAGCCUGGAAAUUGCACUCUGAAAGUAUUACAAAAAAAGGCAAAAUAAAACAUACAAAAAAAAAAAAAAAAAAAAAAAAAAAAAAAAAAGAAAGAAAAAAAUCUUCUAGGUUAAAAAAAAACAUUGCCUAUAUGUACUUAUACUGCGCUUGAAGACGCAGUAGUGUGUCAGUGUUAUAUUUCGUCUAUCACUUACUGUGAUACCCUGGAUUUUACCUUUCUUUUCCUGACCAGCCACACAAUUUUGGGGGUUUCACCAUGGCUUUUUAUAAAGUUAUUUUAACUAAAAAAAAAAUUAAAAAAAUACCUAUGUGAUUCUUAAACAUACAAAGUCUUAAAGUUGGCCAGGGGUGGAUGAAAAGUGUGAGAAACUGUAAUGAUGACGAAGGCUCAUUGUAUGAAUGUUCGCCAGAACCCCUGUUUUUUUUUCGUUCGAGAAAAGCCUUAUAUGCAAACCCUUUCACCUGUGUUUUCUGAAAGUGCCAUCCUUGUACAGUAUAAAGCGAAGUCAACUAGUGUUCUCUUUGCACCUGCUUUAGUAUUAAAUUAAAUAUUUCACCUUGUUGUUUGAAAUACCUACAUCAGUAUUAGUAUAUCUAGACUGCAGUUGUUUAGUUUACAUAUUGUUUGUGCAAUUUUCUGUAUUUUUUAAGGUCAUCUGUCAGUAUUAUCUUGGUUUGUUUUAUUUUGUUCAAUUCAAAAUUCAUUUUUAUUUUAAACUACCAUUUUAUUUAUGUGACUCAUUUUAUAUUUCCUAAUUAUAUUUAUUUCAUACUGUAGUGUACAGUAUUAUAGUUCCUUGAUAUAGAUAUAUUUUAGUAAAUAAGGAUCCUUACAAGUGGAACAAAUUUUACGUAAAGAGAGCAUUUAUUGUAUCUGGAGCGACUGAUGUGAAUUGCUCUUCAUACUACACUUACCUGAUGAAGGAGAAUCUACAAUUUGAGAACUUUUGAUACAAUAUUGUGAAAACACUGUAUUUUUGACUAAAAGGAAAAAAAAUCCA